CUGGUUUAAUUAUAAUUCUGUGCGUGCACAUUGCCAUUUGUCUCUUUGACAGCUCACGACCGACAGCUGACAAUGCAUUUUGACAUUUAGAUAUUAGUUAGAAUUUAUCCAAAAUUAGGUUUUAGGACAUCGUUUAGUUGAUUAAUUUUCAUAUUUUGAGUGCAAUACUUAUUCAAUAUAAUGCAAUUUAAGAUUAAACAGAAACUUAUUAAGUUACAGAUAACUAAUUAUUCAUUGAAUAAUUCCUCUUUAAGCUCAUCAGAAGUGUAUCACAAAGUUCGACCAUAACUACCAUAAGUAUCUUUUAUCAUAAUUAUUAUAAACCAUAAUAUUGUCAAGGGAUUUCUCUUAAGGUAAAAUCAUGAGACAGCCAAUUGAACCAAGCAAAGAAGAUUGCUGUAACAGUGGAUGCAAUCCGUGCGUGUUUGAUGUCUACGAAAAACAGCUAAAAUUGUACGAAGCCUAUCUUAAGAACGGGGAAUCGCCAGGAGUGCUAGAAGAUAAUGCCAUAUCACAAUUAGAAUAUACAAAUUUUACACUAGUGAAAAAUUUGGAACUGUGUUCAUUUCAUAAGAUCCUUGCAUUCAAAACGACGGAAUCUGUAAUCGGGAAAAAGCUUAGUUGGAAACCUGGUGAUCAUUUUUUAGUGAAAUAUAAUGCAGGAGGUGAAGUGUGUAGUAGAGCGUAUACACCUAUUAAAUAUUGUAUUGAGAAUGAAGACUAUGACUUUGUGGUAAUUGUGAAGAAAUAUGAGAAUGGAUGUGUAUCAAGUUAUUUAUGUAAUAUGACACCAGGGCAAGAAUCUUUGUGGAGAGGGCCUUAUGGAUCUUUUAAUUUGGUACCUAACAAGUUUGAAAAGUUAAUUAUGAUUGCUCAAGGGACAGGUAUAGCUCCGUUCUAUUCUAUCAUACAAGAUGUUUUAAGCAAUGAAGAUGAUUAUACUAAAAUAGUGUUAUUUUUCUGUUGUUCUUCACCAGAAACAAUUAUUUUAAGAAAUGAAUUAUACUCCUUCAAAUCAUAUUGGAAUUUUCAAUAUAAUAUUUUUGUAAAUAAAUCAAAUUGUACACCAAAGUAUCAGGAACCAAUCCAUAAUAGGAAACUGGAGUUUACAGAUUUAAAAUUGUUAGAACCAUUUUCAAGUAAUGACCAAUUUUUGCUUUGUGGAUCAACUUCAUUUAUAAAUAUUUUUAAAAGCCUUAUAACUGAAGCAAAUUAUGUUUCUUGUGAAAAUAUUAUAUCAUUUUAAUAAGUUGAUAUUAAAAAAAAUACCUACAA